AUGUAUACGGUCCGGACCAUCUACCACGACAAAAGGUGUCUUAGUACGGGUGACGUGGACGACUGGGAUCGACUGGAGGUCCGUCAGGGUCGGGCAGGAGUCCAGAACGUUCUGUACCUCGACGACGAAGAGGAGGAAGAGGAAGACGGGGAAGAGGGCGAGCAGGAGGCCAGGAAGGUCACGGUGUUCUUCACUCGGAACGGGAAGCUGAUGGGCCGCAGGGAGAUGAGGGUCCCUCCCGGGGGUCUGUUCCCCACUGUGGGGAUGCUGAGCAGCGGGGAGAAGGUGAAGGUGGACCUGCACCCCCUCAGCGGCUGAGCGGACCCCCACUGUGACGCUCUGCUAACAGCUGGCUGCCCUGCAGAGCUCACACCUAGCCUAGCAUGCUGCGAACACUUCAAACACAACGGCGCUGUCUCUGCUUUUAUUUAUAAGACCUGUACAUUGUCUCAUCAAAGAAUCACAACCGGAUCACACACCUGGUUGUACAGUAGCAGAGAAGUCAAACAUAAGCUGUGUAGGUUACAGCAUGCUGCACCUAAAAGAAAAUAUAUAUAUUUAAUGGUUUAUUCUAUGCAAUCUGUACGGCCAUCACCUUCACAUCUAACCUCCCUCUGCAUGCAGUGUGUCCAACACUGAGCUGUUAACCCCCUCUCAUGAGCUCUGUUCAUUUCAUCUGUCACGACCCAAAGCUAAGCAGAGCCAACUGUUGUGUCGAGUCAGAGCUCAGUUUCAGGGAAUACACUCUCCCCUCUCUGUCUCUCCCCCUUCUCUCUCUCUCUCUCCUCCUCCCUCUCUCUGGGUGAGGCUGCCCUCCUGUGAGCGUUCAGGGACCUGCUGCCUCCCGGAGCUUCGCUGGAAGUGAAACCGAGGAUCUGUUGCAAUAUUUCACAAAUGCAUCCAUGCUCAUUGUAUACGAGCUGAUCAUUACAGGUUUGGCAAUCACAACCUCACAUUCAGAUGCUGUUAACUGUUUCUAAUCGGAGAAGGACUACACUUAAACAAACAUGUCAGGUAUGUUUUCUACAGGGGCAUCUGCAGAAUACACAUUUCAAAUCUUUUACAUAAAAAAAGUUCAGGGAAUGUGUUUUGUUGUUGCACUUCGGGGAGGCUGAGGACACAUUUAAGAAUACAGUGAGUGGACAAAACUGAAACGACCCUUGCAGUCUGAUGCAACCCCUCAAUCAUCAGCCAUACUAUAUAUCCAUAUGUAGCUUAAUUUAUAAUCAUUACAUAUAAUCAGCUCUGGCUGCUGUGUUGGAUUGCAUCAAACUGUAAUGUGUUACUUUGGGUUUUGACAGUCCUCAGUGCAUGCAAAGGAUUAUUUCCUGUCUCACUUUUCCUUUUCUGUUUUUCUAACCAUAAAGUUAGGCUAAUAUUUUACCGUUAAGUUUACAAGAAGAGAUCCUCCCAAAUGAAUUUCUUACUUUAGUAGUCAGAGGAUGAUUUCUGUGAUAACAUUAUGUGAUGAAGAGUUAACUUAAGGAUGAAGAUGAUUAGUGGUUGCUGCAUGUUUGUGUUUGUGUGUCUGCACAUCAUCAUCAUCAUCAUCAUCAUCAUCAACAACAGCAGCACCAGAGGUUUGCAUCACAAAGACGGAUCAGAUCAGAGACUCUGGUUUUAUGCUGACUCACUUCAAGCUGUGUUGGAUCACUAUGGUAACCAUGCAAAAGCAUAGGACUGCAACAAUCGUUUUUCGUUAUUAAAUAUUCAGUGCCAACAUUUUCUUGAUUGUUUAGUCUUUAAGAUGUCAUGUGGAAUAUUUAGAAAUCAUAAUUAUAGAUUUGAAAAUAAACAAAUAUUCUAAAUUCUUCUUCCCUAAAAACUUCAGCCCACAUUUCCCACAAUGCAACUCGACAAACACCAAAGCCUCAAGCUUUUUUUUUUCUGCGUCACACGGCUGUAUCGGUGUCUUCCAACCUACAGUUUAACGACAAUUCUUCAUGGCAGAUGUAAACCAGUGUUAACUGUGAAUGUAUUAUUUUACGGUUUUAUUUUUAAUGAUGAAAUACUUUAAAUUAAAUCUGUUUACCACACCAUGUUCUAUAUGUGAGCUCCCGCGUUUCUCCUCUUAGUAUAUAAUAGUUAUAAUUGUAUACGACGGUUAAUUCUUAAACGGUCUGCCAUUAAACAGUCUGGGGAGCAGCAAUGCAUUCUGGGGCGGUCAAUUAUGUACAGUUAACUUCCAUCUUAAACUAAAAUGUUUUCUAAUAAAGUCAACAUCAGGAAUGUACACACAAUCCACGUUAGAACGCCACACUUGGUAUAAAAAAAAAGUACAUUAGUUGCAGUUUUGAACACAGCCACAGAUUUAUUUCAUGUCCUAACGUAAAGCUAGUCCCAAACCAACCCACUACUACAAAGGGGGGUACAUUCCAACCUUUUAUUUAACAUACUAGUCCUCUCAGAUACCUGAAAACAGACUUGGAUGUUUAACUCUUGUUGAAUCACUCAUAACUGGAUUAGUAAAAAAAAAAC